CUUACCUCGAAGCUUAAUUAAGGUUUUGGAAAUUUUCCGGCGAAACUUCUGGCGAUGAUUUCUCCCAACUCCGGCGACUUCGGCGGCCACCAACUACUGGAGCAUAUUCUCCUCACUCUCAGGAACACGUUGGUACUACACUUGUAUGUUUUGAUGAAGAAUGAGAAGAUUGAUGGUGGUUAAUAUAGGAGAGGAAAGGAAGAAGAAGCCAAGAGAAGGUGUUAUAGCACUCUGUCAGUCAUCUGUUGUUGUGACAGUGCUGCAGUAUCUUCCCUACAACAUAGUUGAUUGUUUUGUUUGCAUAGCUUGUGUUUGGUGUUAUCCGCUGCGCCCCCCAAAAACUUACAAUUGGUAUUAGAGCCCGGCAAGCUUAAUUUGCUAGCUUGAUCGAUCUAUCACCAUGGGAGAUAUUCAAGAAGGUUCUAAUGUUUUUAGACCUCUACUAUUAUGCGGGCAUGAUUAUACUUUUGGAAGUGUCGAAUGAGAGCCUUUCUCAAGUCUCUUGGUGGACAUGUUUGGAGAAGCAUAGAGGUUGGAUGGUCAGCUCCUACUAUGACCAAUGGAGAUGGAGAAUUAAUCCAAAAACCUUAUGAAAGAUUCAACAAGAAAGAAAAGGAUGCUGCGGAAUCAAAUGAUCAGGCUUUGAAUGCAAUCUUUGGAGCGGUUGACAGAAACCAGUUCCGUCUUAUCUCAAAUUGCACAGAGGCCAAGAGAGCUUGGGACAUUUUGCUUAUUACCCAUGAAGGCACCACAACAGUCAAGACAGCCAAACUUCAGAUCGUGAUGUCUAAAAUUGAAAAUCUUAAGAUGGAGGAUACUGAGUCUAUCACAAAUUUUCAUGGGCGAGUUAGAGAGUUGACAAAUGAGGCUGAAAGGCUUGGUGAACCAAUUACAGAACACAAGCUGGUGUUGAAAGUUCUACGUUCUCUUCUAGAAAAAUACUCCAUGGAUGUCAAAGCUAUUAGACAAACACAAUCUCUAAAUACUAUGUCUCUUGACGAGCUGAUGGGGAACUUAGAAACCAUUGAGUUGGAGAUGCAUGAAGAUCUACGACGUAAAAAGCGGCAUGUCAUUCUCGUUGAAAAAAAGAAGCAGUGUGUCAAAGACAGUGCUGGAACAUGUUGUGCUUUUCCAACUUUCCACAGUGUUCAAGAUGACUCUGAUGGUGAUGUUGAUCCAAAGGAGAUGCUUAUAAUUGUUGAAGAAAAAUUUCAAGAGUCGCUACGGAAUGAUACAGAAGAUGACACAGAGGUUGACACAGCAGAAGAGCUAGCUAUUCUCCAAAGGAAGUGGGCAGGACUUCUUGAAGCCAAUAGGAAGACUAUCCUGGAGAACCAUCAACUUGUUGCCGAACGAAAUAGACUAAAGAAGGUUAUUUCAGGAUUAGAAAAGAAGAUUGAAGAAUUAGAAGGGCAACAAUCUGAUCUCAAGUAUGAAUUAAAUCAACUCAAAAGCUUUCACAAGUGGAUGAGAAGUGCUGGAGCAAAAGCUAUUGAGGAACAAGUGAACAUUUCAAAAUUUUAUGGAGACAAGACGGGUCUCGGAUUUUCAGGUUUCGAAAGCAAUAAGACCCCACUUGACUUGUUUGUUGAUCGAAGAAAAGAAAUUGCUCAAAAGGUACCACAAAGAAGGAAAACAGAAACUGUCGAAUCUGCUAGAACAUCUUCUACCAGACCCGCUGAAGCAUCUCAUGUAGCUUCUACUAGAACAUCUUAUGCAGUACCCUAUGUAAAAAGGCAACGAGUUGUGACACGAUCUAGUAUGAGAAGACACAAGGAUCAUUAUCCUAAACCUGAAAGGUAUUCUUAUACUAAUACCUAUGCUAAUUAUGUUUGCUUUUCCUGUGGAGAAAGGGGACACAUUCAGAGGAAAUGCAAGAAUUUUAAAGAGCAAAGAUAUAGAACAAAGAAUGUGACUGUAACACCCUAAUCCAUCCAGAACACCUACGUUGGAUGUCACCCACUACUGGGGGCGGAGGUUCAAUGGAGUAGCUUAGCGACCCAUGGGGGUUACAUAUGCUGCUGCCAGAAGCGGGUUCUAGUGACGGAACAACUGUAACUACUGGUGGCAGCGGCUUCAACAGCCACUUUUCUUGCCUGGAAUCAAGGGAUUGAAGUUGACGAACACGCAACCAUCAUCAGGAGGUGUUGUUGCUAGAGUUUCUGCCCAGUUCGCCAUAGUUAGGAACACGCUACCGUCAUCGGGAGGUAACCAUUCUUCGACUCUCAUGCUCUGUCGUCGUAGUCCGAUUUGUAAUUUUCGAUGACAGAGGAGGAGCGGAACGCUGAAUCCCGGUCAAAGGAGUGAUCACCGGCCAUCGUGGAUAAUCCGAAAAAGGAGAAAACAACCGGCGAGACGGCUAGAGCUUCUUCUACGUUGUUGCUGGUCGUUGCUGAAAUGUGGAGAGGAUCUGAAGAAUUCUUCUUUUCGAUCCAAGUGUCCAAAUCUGAAGAUGAAUGAGAAAUGUUUUUCAACAUGGAUUGCCCAUUAGAAAUCUCAAUUGACCCUCACCGUGUGUUAUAGGUGAGUGGAUUAAGAAAAUUCUUUUUCUUCGUGAAUUCCCCCACUGCAUACAGAAAAAAUCUAUUGUUUUCCC